AAGCAAGUUGAGCAAGUAAAUGUAAACAUACUGUAUUUAAAAAUUUAGUUUUAUCAUUCUAAAAAAGUUUCUUAUUUGGAUAUGCCGAAGAGAGAUCGCAGUCAUUAUUCCAAGUUUCCGCGUGAUUCAUUUCGUGGUAAAAAUGAAAUUAAUACUCAGGAUUUCGAAGAAGAUGGUUUCCUGCACAAACAAAUUAAACAGGAAUCAUUAUCUAGUAUGAAUUUUAAAAAUAUAUCCAACAAAAAGAAUAAACGUAUUAAAAUUGAAGGCAGGAGUCGGAAAGAAAACCAUUCGAAAGAGCGUUGUAAUAAAGUGAAGCCUUCUGAUACGGAAUUACAAGAAUGUGUAAUAUACUAUGAAAAUUUAUUACGCACUUUAAAGCAUGGGCAAACAAGUAAUUCGAUUGAUAGAGAUGCUUUUAUUAUAAGUGCUCUUCAAGAAAGUGUGCAGAAAGAGGUGGAGUUAUGCUGUCGUUGUUCUAGUAGUCAUUGUAUUGAACUUCUAUUGUCUGAAUGUCAAGAAGAAAGCAUACAUAAGCGAUUCAUGGCAGCCUUUGCACAGAAUAAAAAUGAAAUAUUCUCAAAUGCAAAUGCCAGCCACAUUAUGGAAUUAUUAAUACACUUUGCAUUUAAAAAUAUCAAAGUAAGUUAUUAUUGUCAAAUAUUACUACCUAAAGUUUAAUUUAUUAAACCUGUA